UGAUGCAAAGCAGCCAGUUCAGAUUUUACAUGUGAACGGACAGCUGGUGAAUUGAUGAUAAAAGCCUCCAGUCAUUCUCAAAUAACCCAAACAAAUAUGCUCCGACUUGUGCGUCAUUUUCUGACGCCAAGUCACUUUAGGUGAAUAAACGGCGAGCACGCCAUGCAACAUGCGCCUCCAGCUUCUUUAUCCCGAACACGCCACUUUAUCUACCUGCUCAGAUUCCUCCUCCAUGCCCCCCUCAUGCCCAGAAGACACUUUGCUCAGCAGCUGAAAGGUGCGCGCCUCUCCCCUCCGCGCUGCUCGCCCUCCGCCGCCGCGGCUGCUUCCUCCAAACACAUUCACUAACAUAUGACAGUUUGCAGGGAAAUUCUUGACAAUUGGUGUCUUGAGUGUGUGGCAUAAAUAGCAGGCAGAGCCCUCGCUGGGUUAUGAUGGGGCGGCUUGAUGGUUGCUGGCACGGCGCGUCGCUGAUUGGUCUGGCCGUGGCCUGACGUCAGGAGGCUGGUAAUAAGGCUGGGUUGGAGCUUUAGGAGCAAGACAGUUUUUUACUGGAGAGCCAGCGCAUCCCAGCAUACACACGGCAACUGGAGACAGAGGGCAUCCCAGCAUAAACAUUUACUACUACCGGAGCCGCCAGCAUCGCAGCGACCCCCCGCCACCGCCACGCCAAGCUCCGGGAUCAGCGGACUGAGCGACAGGGGGGAAACUCUUUAAAAGAAAAGCUUCUGGCUGUGUGAUUUUGUUUCUCGCCGACUUCUGAACACUGGAUACGCUGCCAUGUCAAAGUGCACUGAAUUAUUUAUAGGCGUGCGUGUCUUGUUGUGUGACAGCUCUGCCCUUAAAGCAUUUUAUUAGACGCCUCUUCGGGCAUUGACUGGCACGCGACGCUGCUCUCACCGAUGCGUCACUUCCAAGAGCGCCGGGACAACCAAACUGCUCCGGUCUCCUCGACUGAGCCCAUCCGCAGCUUCCUGCGUUCAAAUCUACAUUUUGGUUAAAUUGUGAGUAGUUUUUUUUGUGUGCCCAGGAUCCAAUAAAGGACCCCUUCUUUUCUUUUUCUUUUUUUCCCCUCCCUUUGGCUUUUCCACCUGAGAGAGAAAGAGGACGCGGUGGCCAUCGCUUCCUUCAUCUGUCUGUUUUGGGGUUUUUCUGGACGCUGAGUGUUUUUUUUACACAUGCAGAAAGAAAACUGUGGUGACACCUGAUCGAGCGCACAUUGACCCGGGAGCUCCAUACGAAUCACGGAGGGAGGGAGAGAGGCAGAGAGAGAGCGAGGGAAAGAAGAUUUUCGGCCAAUGUUCGGCCGGCGCCGCUGAUUUUGUUUGUGUGUGCGCGCGCGCGUGUGCUUCGUUUUGUGGGGUUGUGUAGCCCAGCCAAAAGCCAUGGUCCACUGCGCCGGCUGCGAGAGGCCUAUCCUGGACCGCUUUCUGCUCAACGUGCUGGACAGAGCCUGGCACGUCAAGUGCGUGCAGUGCUGCGAGUGCAAAUGCAAUUUGACAGAGAAAUGUUUUUCUCGAGAGGGGAGACUGUACUGCAAAAACGAUUUCUUUAGAGUGACGGCGUGCAGCGACCCCAGUUUAUCCCCGGACUCCCAGGACCCGCUGCAGGACGACGUGGUCCUGAAGGACACGGAGAUCGCCGCCCUGUCCGACAAAGAGACGGUGAACAACGAGAACGACGACCAGAACCUGGGGGGGAAGCGGCGCGGCCCGCGGACCACGAUCAAGGCCAAACAGCUGGAGACUCUGAAGGCGGCGUUUGCUGCCACCCCGAAACCCACCAGACACAUCCGGGAACAGCUGGCCCAGGAGACCGGUCUCAACAUGAGGGUCAUCCAGGUGUGGUUCCAGAACCGGCGGUCCAAAGAGAGGCGCAUGAAGCAGCUGAGCGCGCUGGGCGCCCGGAGGCACGCCUUCUUCCGGAGCCCGAGGCGGAUGAGGACGCUGGUGGACCGGCUGGAGCCCGGGGAGCUCAUCCCCAACGGGCCCUUCUCCUACUAUGGAGCGAGCCAGCCCACUGAAGGUCCCAACUGCUGGGUGAAACAGUGA